GUAGCAUACAAUACCUACCCAAGGUCAAUGUUUCUCAUGCCAGCAAACGAAAAGCAUAUCACUAUCACAAGAUCCCGAAUUAGAACUUGCCUAAUUAGAUUCACAACCCCCUGGGCAAUACAUCGUCCUAAUCUGUAAGAUAGAAGACAAAACAACAAAACAUUACAUCACUGAUCACUGCAUACCUUACACAAUAUCAGCGCAAGCCGCGUCGAAACGAGACUCCGCCCAUCCCUACCUCGCAUCAUGGCCGACGACGAGGGUACAGAAGACCUUCCCCAGCCAUUCGAUGCAAAGAGGCUUGAGUCGGCAAAGCGCCGGAGACACAGCACCAAUGACGGGUCCCCAAUGGCUGAGUCAAAUGGCAAAGGGCGAGGCCUGCCCUCCAUCGAUGAGUUACCACAGCCUUUCGACGCGAAGAAGCUCGAAUCCGCCAAGAAACGCCAGCGCUCUACAUCUCCCUCCGAACAGCCUCGGAAGCUCAAGCGCCCAGGCCAGCGAGCCCGCAUAUCGAAUACCGAGGCCGCCGCCAUUCGCCAACGGCAUGAGCAACGCGAGCGAGAGUCUGCGCACGCCGGGAGCGAUGCCGCCCAUGGCAUCAACGACAUCGUGCGCCAACACUACAAUGCCGUACCCGAGCGCGGCCGAGACUGGCGGAAGACGGGGAGCCGCAUCAAGGGCCUGCGUGUCUUCAACAACUGGGUCAAGAGCACCCUCAUCCAGAAGUUCUCGCCCGACGAGGAUCACACGCCCGGUGCCCACCAACAAGGUCGUGACAUGGCCGGCGCACAUGGGCACGAGUUGCUCGUUCUCGACAUUGGCUGCGGCAAAGGCGGCGACCUGGGCAAAUGGCAACAGGCACCACAGCGGGUUCAGCUCUAUGUUGGGUUGGAUCCCGCCGACGUUUCGAUUGACCAGGCCAAGGAGCGGUAUCGAAGCAUGGGCAGCCAAGGAGGCAGGGGCGGCCGCGGCGGGAGAGGCGGCUAUCGGGGGGGCAACCAACGACAGCAGCAUCUAUUCGAUGCCCGCUUUUACGUUAAGGACUGUUACGGUGAGUCGCUUGGCGAUGUCGAUAUCGUGCGCCAAGUAGGAUUCGAUCCAUCGCCCAUGGGCCGUAGCGGCUUCGACAUUGUCAGUAUGAUGUUCUGCAUGCAUUAUGCAUUUGAGACGGAGGAGAAGGCUCGAAUGAUGCUGCAGAAUGUGUCCAGCGCCCUCAAGAAGGGUGGGCGGUUCAUAGGAUGCAUACCGAACUCAGAUGUUAUCAGCACCAAAGUGACGGAAUUCAACGAACGUGUCGCCAAGAAGAGCGAGGAUCCCGUUGGUGAACAGCCGCCAGAAGACAAGGAGGAGGGUGAGGCCGAAGAGACAGCGGAAUGGGGCAAUGAAUUAUAUCGGGUGAGGUUCCCCGGCAAGACACCCGAGGAUGGUAUCUUCCGUCCCCCUUAUGGUUGGAAAUACAAUUUCUUCCUCGACGAAGCGGUUGAGGAGGUGCCCGAGUACGUAGUGCCGUGGGAGGCAUUCCGAGCCAUCGCCGAGGGAUACAAUCUAGAGCUACAGUAUCACCAGAAGUUUGGGGACAUAUGGGAAUCGGAGAAGGAUGACUACGUGCUGGGGCCCCUCAGUGAACGUAUGGGCGUCCGUGGGAGAGGGAGAGGCCCAUUAUUGGUUUCUCCUGAAGAGAUGGAGGUGGCCAAUUUCUACGUGGCUUUCUGCUUUUAUAAAGUAUAGGUGCCGCUGCCCGGCCUUAGCCAUCUACGACUCUUAGUUUAGCGAAUGCUGAGCUAGAAAUACGCGCACCGUGAUGACCUGGUGUAAGUGUAUAUCUAUAUGUAAGAAAAUGCGCCUAGUGCAGCGGUAAAUGGCGAAUUUUCUUUGCA